AUGGCCACCAUCAAGACCCCCAUCGCUCCGGUUCCGACCGCGAGCGACUUCCUUGAUAUUGUUCUCUCCAAGACACAACGAAAGACGCCCACCGUCGUUCACCCAGGAUGGAAGAUCACUCGUAUCCGCUCCUUCUACAUGCGCAAGGUCAUGUUUACCAAGGACGCAUUCGCAGAGAAGCUCGAUGCGAUCCUCAGGGAGUUCCCCAUCAUGGACAACCUGCACCCCUUCGUGUCCUCUCUCCUUAAUGUGCUUUACGACAAGAACCACUACAAGCUCGCUCUGGGCCAGCUCAACACCGCUAAGCAUCUCAUCGAGCAGGUCUCCAAGGACUACAUCCGUCUCAUCAAGUUCGGUGACUCGCUCUACCGAUGCAAGCAGCUCAAGCGUGCUGCUCUCGGUCGUAUGGCCACCAUCAUGAAGCGUCAGAAGGACCCUCUCGCCUACCUCGAGCAGGUUCGUCAGCACAUGUCGCGUCUCCCGCCCAUCGACCCUAGCACACGCACCCUCUUGAUCUGCGGAUACCCCAACGUCGGCAAGUCCAGCUUCAUCAACAAGGUCACCCGAUCCGACGUCGAUGUCAAGCCAUACGCCUUUACCACCAAGUCGCUCUUUGUCGGUCACAUGGACUACAAGUACCUCCGAUGGCAGGUCAUCGACACGCCAGGAAUCUUGGACCACCCGCUCGAGGAGAUGAACACCAUCGAGAUGCAGUCCAUCACUGCGCUCGCACAUCUCCGAGCUGCCGUCCUCUACUUCAUGGACCUGUCCGAGCAGUGUGGCUACACCGUCGAGGCGCAGGUGCAGCUCUUCAACAGCAUCAAGCCUCUCUUUGCCAACAAGCCCUGCAUUCUCGCUAUCAACAAGACCGAUGCCAAGCGACUGUCCGACCUCGAGCCUGAGCGCGCCGCCCUGGUUCAGAGCAUCGUCGACGAGUCCGAUGGCAAGGUCCAGCUCACCGAGCUCAGCACAUAUACCGACGAGGGUGUCAUGGACACAAGGAAUCUCGCCUGUGACGUGCUGCUCGCAUCGCGUAUCGAGACCAAGAUGAAGGGCAGCAAGAUCAACGCUGUCCUCAACCGACUGCACGUCGCCCAGCCAAAGUCGCGAGACGACGUUCAGCGUGGUGCCUUCAUCCCCGAGGCGAUCGCCAACGGCUCGGUCAAGAAGUACGACUCCAAGGACCCCGAGCGACGCAGGACGUUGCGCGACGAGCAGGAGGAGAACGGCGGUGCUGGCGUGUUCAGCAUCGACAUCAAGCGCGACUACAUGCUCGACAACGACGACUGGAAGUACGACCACAUCCCCGAGAUCUACGAGGGCAAGAACAUUGCCGACUUUGUGGACCCGGACAUUCUCGACAAGCUCGAUGCGCUCGAGCGCGAGGAGGAGAAGCUCGAAGCUGAAGGAUUCUACGGCGCCAGCGACGAUGAGGAGUCCAUCCUCGACGAGGAGGAGGAGGCGAUCCGCACUGCUGCUGCCGCCAUCCGAGAGCGUCAGCAGAAGGCCAAGCUUGCAGCGCAGGAUCGAAGCAUGGUCAAGAACCAGGCUCGUGUGCCGCGCAAGUUCCAGGAACGCACCCUGUCGCAGAUGGCCGAGAGGAUGCGCGAGAUCGGUGUCGACCCCAGCAGCGUCACUGCGCGCGCCGAGAUGCUGGCCAAGGCCAAGGGUCUCACUGGUGGCAAGCGCAAGCGAUCCGGUGACGACGAGGAGGAUGAGGAGAUGGACGAGGACGAUGAGGACGAGGAGGCAUCCUGGGAGGACGAGGAUAUGGACACCGAAGAGGCCGACACGAGCGCCUCGCGAAAGGCGCGCAAGAGCAACGUCGGUGCUCGCCUCCUUUCGUCGACCACCGCGCCCGUCAACCGCUCUGGUGGCAACAUCAGUGCUCGUGCCGGUCCUGCGCGUGUUGCUGCCUCCGACCGACAGCUCGCCGGUCUCAAAAACUCGGAGCAGCUCGAGAAGGCGAGGAAGCUGCGCGAGCUGGCGUUGCGUGAAGGCAACUGGCACGCCAAGGCGGGAGAGUCGGAUCGUGUCAUCAAGGAGAAAAAGCCCAAGUGGCUCUUUGCCGGCAAGCGUGGCAAGGGCACUUCGAGGUCGCGUUGA